AUGGCAACAGCUACCGGCAUGGCGCGCUACAAGGGCAGGACUGUUACCUUGAACACAGGCCAGAUCUUGCCUUCCAUUGGUCUUGGGACUUUCCAGGACCCUGACGAGCAGGAAAUGUCUGUAUACACUGCUCUGAAGAACGGUUAUCGCCAUAUCGACACAGCGCACAACUAUGGCACCGAAGAACAAGUUGGGCGAGGCAUUAGACGGAGCGGAGUUAGUCGCGACGAGGUCUUUAUCACAACCAAGCUCUGGUGCAACUCUCACCAUCCGGAUGACGUCGAGCCUGCCUUGGACGAUUCCUUGAGGGACUUGGGCGUCGACUACGUUGAUCUAUAUCUCAUGCAUUACCCCUGUGCGUUCAAGCGUGGCCCCGACCUCAUGCCCAUGAGACCUGAUGGGAAGAUCAUUCCUGGCUCAGCUGAUUAUGUCGACACAUGGAAGGCCAUGGAGAAAUUGCUGCCAACGGGUAAAGUCAAAGCCAUUGGUGUAUCCAACUUCAAUCAGCUAGAAUUGGAGCGGAUCUUGAAGGAUUGUAGCAUCCAUCUCCACGAUCUGACUCGUUAUCUCAUAGGUUCCGGCUAUUCACCAAACGGAGCUUCAUCCCUAUCUACAACAAAAGGACUUCGUCGACUGGCAAGAAAGCAAGGGAAUCAAGAUUAUGCAGUUCAGCCCGAGCGGCAAUCUCAACACUUCUAUCGGGACGUGUCCUGGACCAAGGAUGUGGCACAAAUGGCUCGCUUGAUUGGUCACCCGAUCCUUCAGGCGAUUGCUCAGAAACACGGGAAGUCACCGAUUCAGAUUGCGUUGGCAUGGGGCGUAGGGAAUGGUCGCUGUGUCAUCCCGAAGAGCACAAUCGAGUGGCAGAUCAAGGAGAAUCUAGAGGCAGACUCUAUUCCCCUAGACAAAGAGGACCUGCAAAAGAUCGCAAAGAUGGAUCAGAAGGCAAGGUUCAACGAUCCUACUGAGUUGUUUGGGUACAAGCUUUAUGUUGGGCUUGAUGGUGCCGCGCCAUGA